GCUGUAAAAAGUCAUUGUCCCCAAUAAAACAUCUCCCACUUCUGUUCCUCUUUAUUUAUCCUCUUGCCUUUUUAUUUUAGGCAAAUUCAGCUAACCAUAUGACUGUACGUAUAUAUAUGUUUUUAUAUAUAUCAUGCCUUGCACCUUUUUCUGGGUCAAUUCUCUGCUAAAGUUUGAUCAGUCUCUCCAGCAAAGGAGAUUACUUACUAGGUGUAGCAGAUUUCGUUCUUUAGGUACAUCUGGAUUUGGGUAUUGGGAUAUUCUGACUUUUGCUUGAGGAUUUGGAAGUGGGUGUUGCGUAGUUUUGAAUCUUUCUAUUCCUUUUUGUGUUUUUAUAAAUAGUUAUUACAGAUUUUUGCUUUUGAGGGAAAACUUGGAGUGGGUAUCGGAGGAUUUUGAUUCGUUUAGGAUUAUGUACAGGUGGGUACAAGAAAUUCGGGUUCUUGGGACAUAUUCACCAAUCGUUGAGGGUGAUUUUGGCAGUCAUUGGAGAUUUUGAUUCUUUCAGGAUCCCGUAGAGGUGCGUGUCAGGAAUUCGGAUUCUUGGGGGAUAUUCACCAAUCUUUGUGGCCAUUUGGGGGCGAAAGUAUAAAGGAUGAUUUUAGGAUUGAUUAAGAAUAUAGUACGCUGUUGAAAAGGAAUUUAAAGUUGUCUGUUGCAGCUUGUAUGUUUGUUGGGUUUCUCGACGUUUACGAGGACUUUUAAACUAAUCUAUAAACAAUCACAUCUAUGUCAGUUUUUUCUAAUGGGUAGUUUCAGAGUGGGUUGCUCCUCAUUUUCCCAAAAUUGAGGAUGUGUACGUAACGAAACAAGAACAUCAGCUGUGUGUGUUCGUGUGUGUGUGGGAGCAUCAAUGUUAGUGGGACUCUGACCGUUACAACCAAUGCUUCUGCUGUCCUUGAGAGGCUUUGUCAGGGGUUGUUAUCAGUUUGAUUAAGGGACAUGAGCUAGGCAGCAAUCUCGUUUGGUUCGGUUUGGCUUAUUUGAAAAUCUUUGCGGGUCAUGGGGUUUCUUAGCAUAGUCGGGAAUUCAUUCGGAUGUUCGGCAUCUGGGGAGCGCUUAGUUUCAGCAGCAAGGGAUGGAGACCUUCAAGAAGCCAAGGCAUUAUUGGAUUAUAAUCCCCGUCUUGCGAGGUACUCAACUUUCGGUGUUCGUAAUUCCCCACUCCAUUACUCUGCAUCUCAGGGCCACCAUGAGAUAGUCUGUCUCUUACUCGAGUCUGGAGUUGAUAUUAAUCUCAGAAACUAUCGUGGUCAGACUGCUUUGAUGCAAGCUUGCCAGCACGGUCAUUGGGAAGUCGUUCAGAUUCUGGUUGUUUUUGGAGCCAAUAUUCACAGAGCGGAUUAUCUGAAUGGGGGUACUGCCCUCCACUUAGCUGCUUUGAAUGGUCAUUCGCAGUGCAUUCGUCUCCUCCUUGCAGAUUACAUACCUAGUAUCCCCAGUAUCUGGAAUGUAUUAAGGAGAAGAUCAGACAGUGAAGAAUCAAUCUUAGAAUUUGAUGACAGUGAUCUCUGUCAGGUAAUUAAUAAGCCUGCUGAUGGAGGCAUCACUGCUCUCCACAUGGCAGCACUGAACGGGCAUGUCGAGAGCGUGCAAUUGCUCUUGGACUUGGGGGCUUCUGUUUCUGAGGUCACUGUGGAGGAUGGAACCACAAUCGAUCUAAUAGGUGCUGGAAGCACAGCUCUGCAUUAUGCUGCAUGCGGGGGAAAUGCACAAUGUUGUCAAAUUUUAAUUGCCAGGGGUGCCAGUCUGACUGCUGAAAAUGAGAAUGGAUGGACUCCCUUGAUGGUUGCUCGUUCAUGGCAUAGAAGUUGGCUUGAGGAAAUUCUUAGAACCGAGCAGGCAGGGCAGGCACGAAUUCUUCCUACACCCUAUCUGUCACUUCCCCUUAUGAGCAUUUUCAAAAUUGCUAGAGAAUGUGGAUGGAGGACAGGUGAAUCUUCAGCCGCAUGUCAUGAUCCAUGUGUCGUCUGUUUGGAAAGAAAGUGCACAGUAGCUGCAGAAGGUUGUGAUCAUGAGUUCUGCACACGGUGUGCCUUGUACCUUUGUUCCACAAACUGCACCUCAAAUGUUGCUAAUGGUCCCCCAGGCUCGAUAGCAUGUCCUCUAUGCCGGCAUGGCAUAGUUUCAUUUGUCAAGCUUCCUGGAACAAGACCAGUUGUUAAGGAGAUUGCGAGAACAAGUUUGUCCCUAUCAUUUUGCACGUGUUCUGGCGAAGGACCAGACUCAUCUUCACUAGAGACCCCAUUUUGCAAGCCCGAGCUACGUUGCUCCAGAAUUUCCCCUCUAGGAUCUUCUUUCCGCUCCCUGAGCUGCCAAAGGUUCCCAUCCAUGAGAAUUAACUAUAACUUUCUUUGCAAGGGAGCUCCAGAUAUUUGUCGUUCUUUAGUUCCCUGCACUGUAAAUCGAAACUUGCGGAGGUGUUCAAGAUCAGGCUUUAGGCGGUCGGCUUCUGAGGGCAGAAGAACAUGGCUCUCUGCUCUAAAUCACUAUGUAACUUCUGGUGGUGGAUGAUGAAAUUUUUUUCUUUUACUGCAUUCCCUUUUUUUGGCAUUCCAAAAUCCAAAGCAUGGUUUCUCUUUUUUUAUUUUUUGUUCCAGAUAUAAUAAUGAGGUACUCUUUGGAUGACGAUCAUUGUGCUUGUAAAUAUAUUAAUUAAUUGAAUGAGGUACUUUUUUUUUCAAAGAUUGUAUAG